AGGCAACAUUUAAACAGAUGCAUUUAAAAGCUGUUAAAAAAUAAAGAAUCUACACAAUAUAGACACAACCUAAACAUAUUCCAUGACAGCCAGAUAUAUGCCAAAUUAGUUUAUUUAAAAAUUGAUUCUGUUCAAAGUUUUAAACAGAAGAUUCUAUAUCAUGUUUUAUGAAAGUGUGAAAUACUGUUUACAGGUUAAACAUUAGAAAUGUUUAUCAGUGUUUGAAAUGGGCCUGAGCUGAUUAAUACAUCAGUGCAGAGUGAAGUAAUUUAGCCCUACAUUAUGGAGCGCUCAGAAUUUGACACAUUUUAUUAUUGAAGAUUGUGUCUUAGCAUUGCUUAAAUAAAUGUUUUUUUUUUAAUUAUUUAAAUAUAUUUAAUGUAAAUAUAGGCCUACUAUAAUAAGUUUUGAUAUACAUUCCUGUCUACUCUGAUGUUUUAAUCACGCUAUGGUCAUUAAAAUGUGCUGCGAAAGCAUAGAAAAGGCACAGAAAAUAAUUUAAAUUUAUAGGUUAACACUAUUUGUAAUCUACAUGUGUAUACAUAUUUUACCCUUGUUUUCUUUUUUUCCAGAGGGAAUUAUAAAAUAAGCUAAAGACUUUCAUGUUUACUACAACUUAAUUAUUAAUCAUGUACCAGUGUUUUAUAGCAAAUGUAACCAAAAAAUGUCCCACAUUAUAUGUCCCAGGUUAUCAUUUUUUGCAUUGUCAGCGAUACCAGACGCACAUUCACACACACAAUGGAAACAUGAACAGCUAGACGUGCUAAUGAAACGUAAAAUACUACUGCUUUUACUGCUGUUGAUGUUUGGUGCAGCCAUCUUGCGUUCUGAACUUGUGGGUUUAUUCCAGUUGAAAUGUUCUACUUAGAACUUGGAAAUUUCCAGUUCUGAUUUCCUACUUCAGAUGGAAUGCAGUAUAAGGAUUCACAUUAGAGCUCGACCCAACCUGCCCCAUACACUGUCAUUUUGAGCCAAAGCCCGAAUUAAACCUGACCUUUUUUGACCAACCCACUCGUUAGGACUCCCCCUAUCACUAGUAAUGCCCCAACACACCAGGAGGAUGAAGUCUAGCACACUCUUUCUCCGAUACAUGUGAAGUCAGCCACCGCUUCUUUUCGAGCUGCUGCUGAUGCAGCAUUGCCAAGCAGCCAGCACAUUUGGAGGAAAGCGCAGCGGCAGCCCGAGGAACCUGAGGAAAGUGGUGGGAAAUCUCGAGCCAGGUGUGGGAAAGGGCAAUGGCAGUGAUCUGAAGGUGCGGAUCAUAGUGAAAAGAGAGCAGGUGUUCCAGUGUGUCUGUGCCACGCAGACGAACUGUAGGCUGUUCCCAGAUACUGAAAACAAUGCCGUGGUGAUCAGCUUUCAGGAAGGGCCAGUGGUUUGUGGUGAUGUUAAGGUCAUGUUUGAAUCCAGGGCUGGUCUUCCAAAGGGGUAUGAGGACUAUCCUUUCUAUUUCUGGUUCAACACUUCAUUUGUGGAGAACAACAGGCUCUAUCUGUCAAGGGAGGAACUGGACAACCCACGUAAGUCCAAAACCUGGGACAUCUACAAGGAGGACUUUGGUGUGACCGUGUCUUUCAGUGACCCUGCACUUAUGUAGCAGACGACACUUGCUUGUGUAUCUCAACUAAAACCCUUAAGCCCUGCACAAGGUCUAAAUCUUUGCUCUAAUGUAGGUUUUCACACACUUAUAAAAGGUGAGUGAUGUUUAGGGAUUGGAUUCGGGCAUAUUGUGCCCCUAAAGCUAUAGCUAUAGCUAUAUAACCUCAACUUUAUGUCCAUCCCCCAUCUUCACUGUAAGAGCUUUUUACUCAGCCGUGCAUACAUCACAAUAUUAUGCAUUUGUUUGUCAAAUGUUUUUUUGUCUUUAAAUGAAGACAAAUGUUUGUGUCAGUUUAGCAUAUUAUGGUUCCAAAAUGUAAAUCUUACUCUUUAAGCUUGAGUGUACAUCAAAUAAAGCAAUCGAGGCUGCCACUGUGAAAUGGUCAAUGGUUAUGUGUGCAGAAACAUUUUUUUGUAGUACACAUGUAUUGAAAUAAAUACUAAUGUCUCUGUAA